GCCGCCCCGCGGCUGCGCGCAGGCCCCGCCGGGCCGGGCCGCCAUGUGGGUGUUCGGCUACGGCUCCCUCAUCUGGAAGGUGGAUUUCCCCUACCAGGAGAAGCUGGUGGGGCGCGUCCGGGGCUACAGCCGCCGCUUCUGGCAGGGCAGCACCGACCACCGCGGGGUGCCGGGCAAGCCUGGAAGAGUUGUGACUCUGGUUGAAGAUGCUGAGGGCUGCGUGUGGGGCGUUGCCUACCGGCUGCCGGCGGGGCAGGAGGGCGAGGUGAUGGCGCACCUGGACUUCAGGGAGAAGGGGGGCUACAGGACCACCAGCGUCAUCUUCUACCCCAAGGACUCGUCGGUGCAGCCCUUCGAGGUGCAGCUCUACAUCGGCACCCGCGACAACCCCAACUACCUGGGCCCCGCGCCGCUGGAGGACAUCGCGCGGCAGAUCCUGGGCGCCGCCGGGCCCAGCGGCCGCAACACCGAGUACCUCUUCGAGCUGGCCAACUCCAUCCGCAGCCUCGUCCCCGAGGACGUGGACGAGCACCUCUUCUCCCUGGAGACGCUGGUCAAGGAGCUCUUGAAAAAGCACCAGCCCCCCAAUUGUCUAUAAAGCCACGUCCUGCUCUCUCUGAUGACCUGGUCCCGUCCCGCUCUCUCUGAUGACCUGGUCCCGUCCCGCUCUCUCUGACGACCUGGUCCCGUCCCGCUCUCUCUAACGACCUGGUCCCGUCUCCAGAGGGGUUCUGUGGCUCUGGUAACUGGGAGGAGCGUUUCUCUGUGCUGUGCUACCUUAAUUAGUGGUGCAUAUCUUUAAUUAACACUGCGUUCAGAAUAGGAGUCAGUCAUUAAAAUUACCAGAAUCGUUCAUUUCAGCAGGGAAAAUGUUUUAGGUGUGGUUUUGGUAUCUUAGCCUUUCAUCCAAAGACUACACCUGCAUGGGAAUCUCACUAAGCUUCUCUUUGUUUAAAGAUAUAUAUUUUUUUUAAUUAUUAUUUCAGGUUUAGCAUAAAAUCUUAGAUUAUUUUUAAAUAGCAUAUUCUAAAUAGCUUAUUUUUAAAAUCAGCAUUCAGAGACAAGUCCCACAGAUCUAACUGGUGGUUUCUUGUGAUUCAAGACCACAGUGCUACUACAGAGAGAAAUUUUGCAAAGUGGAGCAUUUAUAUCAACGUUCAGAUGCUCUGAAAUGAAGUUAUUCCACUGAAUUAGUCAUCUUGACCUUUAUGUAUUAAUUUAUCCUUAAAUGCAGAGGAUAAACCUCUUUAUUGUCAAGGAAAUAAUUCCUUUUAUUGUCAAGUCCUGACUUGGACUCAAACGAGCCAUAACCUCUCAGUGCCUCAUUUCACUUUUUAAUCCUAAUAUAAAGAAUAAAUCCCAAAUGGUAAAAUUAACUAAGAACAGGACUUGAAGUCACAACCCAGCAAGAAGAGAAACUCUCACGUCUGUUACUUUUAAACGCUGUUGUUGUUCUCUUAAAAAAUCCACCCAGCUCCAAGGACAGAUUUUUAAGCCUGUUUUCAGGGAUUCACUGACAGGAGGUAAUGAAGGAAGGAACCCUCUUUUCAGUGACAUCCCAAGAGGGUUGGGGAGCCCCCAGUUUAGGCCAGUCGGCUUCCUGACUCAACCCAUCAGCACAUGGAAUUUCCAUCCCAACGCAGAUCCGUCUCGCUCCUCAAAAAUUUAUUUUUAUUAACUUUUAACAAAGUAUAUUUUUAUAUCUUAACGUAAAUGGUCCUGUUUCAACCACCAGGUAACGUCUGUUCUCUCAGCCAGGGAAUGUGUUUUUAGUGGCUGCCUGGAGGCCUGGAUUCUGCACCAGUAAUUGCAAGAAAUGUCUCUUUUCUCCUAAAAAGGUCACCCCUUUCUCUUCUUUGCAUCUUCCUGGUUUAGACUUGUGAAAGUAAAACCACGUGCAACGGCAUGAACACUGUCUGCUCUUUUAAAAAGUCUUUCUAAAUUUAAAAGUUCUUUCCUCAAAGACUGAGCCUUGUUCCUUAAAACAGGGCAGGGGGGUGCUCUGUGCUCACUAAUGAUCCCAAACCAUCAAGGAUGAUUCUCUCUCUAAAACUCUCACUAUUUAAGCACUGUGAUUCUGUGUAGCUCCACAUGUUCUUUCUUUAAUUGUCUUCAAGGCUUUGUUGGUUCAUUUGCUUCCCAAAUCCAUAAAACAUGGCAAUAAUACACAUUCCAGUGUAUGUGUACAACUCCAGUGCAAUAAAAAUGCAUCGCGUUGACUAACAGG